AGGCUAGAAGAACGAGGAGACGAUAGGAAGGAACGGCGGCGAGCGCGGAAGUGUGCCGGCCGUCGAGCUGCUUACCGGAAGGGGUGCGAAAAAGCGGGCAAGCUGCGCCGGAAGGGGGUAGCCCGGGCUUCUCGCGAAGGCCUCAAAAUUUCGGACGCGACGGCGGCCCUGGACCUACGUGCCCAGACGCAAGCCCAAACCGACUUUGGCUUGGACCAUCACCACCAGCAACAACAGCAUCACCAUCCGCAGCAGCAGCAGCAACAGCAACAGCAACAACACCAACAGCAGCAACACAAUCCGCAGCAGCAAGCGCAACAACAGCCGCAACAGCAGCAGCAUCAACAUCAGCAGCAGCAGCAACAGCAACAGCUGGGUCAAAAUCCGGAUUCGCGUACGCACCAUCACCUUCAACAGCAACAUCAUCACCAGCAUCACCCGGGGAAUCAUCUCCACUCUGGCGAUUCGGGGGGUGGGAUAGGAGGCGGAGGAGGAGGUGGUGGCGGUGGACCCGGUGGAGGUGGCGGCGGCGGAAGUGGCGCCGGCGGAACCGCCGGUGUUGGUGUUGCUGGUGUUGCUGGGGGAGGUCACGAGCCGGAGAGGACCGUCAGGAUCCACGACGAGGACGACGAAGAUAUUACCGAGAGGGAGGACGAGGAGGAGGACGAGGAUCCUUGCAGCUCCCCGGAACCGGACCUCGAAAACGAACCGGAACCAAUGGAGGUCCAAACGUCGGCCGUCACCGCGGCGGCCGCGAACCUUCACGCGUUGCGACAACACGUCUUUAAGAUGUCGGACUAUUGGCAGCAGCCGCAGCGAGGGCCGCCUCAGCACUCACCCGGGAUACAGCAUAGUCCUAUAUCGAAUUCCCAACAACAGCAACAUCAGCAAGUGCAACAAAUGCACAGUCCUCUGGGUCAGCAGCAGCAGCAGCAGCAACAGCAGCAACAGCAGCAGCAACAACAGAACGUGCCGCAAGUACAGCAGACCGGUGGCUCGGGACUAGGACAGACCGGGAGUCCACAGUUGCAGCAACAGCAGCAGCACGCGAUGUCGAUGGGCCAGCAAACUGGUCAGGGUGGACAACAUCAGUCCUCGCCGGCGCCGACGACACCCUCGCCGCAGGCCGACCACCAAGGCGCGAUCGCGUCCAGCAUGGCCCAGAGUCUGCACAGUCUUGCACAGGCACAGCAGACGAUGUCCCAAUCCUCGAGUCCGUCUUUGGCCGUCCAGGCGGUCCAAGCGGCUCAGGCGUUGAAUCAAAACCUCGGACAGGCGCUGACCCAGGCGUUGACACAGAACAUGCAACAGAACCUCGGCCAAACUUUGCAACACAACCUCGCGCAGAGUCUCACGCCGAAUCUGUCGCCACAGCAGCAGCAACAGUUGCUGAACCAACCACAGAAUUUGAGCCAGGCGAGCCAGAACCUGCAACAGAACAUCCAGAGUCAGGCGCAGAACCUGUCGCAAUCGUUGCAACAGCAGGCGCAGAAUUUGACCCAGAAUCUCGGCCAGAGUUUGAGCCAGCAGGCGCUCCAGCAACAGGCAGCGCAGAACCUGACGCAAAAUUUGCAACAGCAGGCACAGAAUCUGUCACAGAACUUGCAACAACAAGCAUUGAGCAUGGCUGGCAGCAUCGCGCAGAACGGCGCUCUAGCCGGGAUGAACAUGUCGACGAAUCAGCAACAAAACUCGCAGAACUCGAUGCUGAGUCCCGGAGCGACCAGCCAGGACUCGCACGACGCCAGCAUCACGGAGAAACUCGUCAACGAGCUGCAGUCUCGUGCCUCUGCGGCGGGACUCGGCGGUGCGGGAGGCGCCGGCGGAGGCGGAGGAAUGGGCAACAUCACCAUCGAGGAAUGCUGGUCCACCCUGCAACGAUUCUUCUCGCAGAUCUUCAUGCACAAGAGCGCGAUGCAGAUGCACGCAAGGGAGCUCGGCGCGGCGGGCGCGCUGACGGGCAGAGCCGGGGGCGGCGUGGCCGGCGGUCUCGCGGGCCUGGGUCCAAUCGGUGUCGGGCCCGGCGGCAUGAUCGCCGGCAACGAGGUAAAGCCGCACCAGUGCCAGCAAUGCCUCAAGUCAUUCUCCAGCAACCACCAGCUCGUGCAGCACAUCAGGGUCCACACCGGCGAGAAACCGUACAAAUGCAGCUACUGCGACCGCAGGUUCAAGCAGCUCAGCCAUGUACAGCAGCAUACCCGCCUGCAUACGGGCGAACGUCCGUACAAGUGCCAUCUACCCGACUGCGGGCGGGCGUUCAUUCAGCUAUCGAAUUUACAGCAACACCUACGGAAUCACGACGCCCAGGUGGAACGGGCGAAGAACCGGCCAUUCCAUUGCAACAUCUGCGGCAAGGGCUUCGCCACAGAGUCCAGCCUUCGUACCCACACGUCGAAGCAACACGCCGCCCUGAUCGGCGGUCCGAAUGCAACCAGCUGUCCCGUCUGCCACAAACUCUUCCUCGGUGGCGAGGCUCUCAUGGAGCACAUGAAGCACACCCACAAGGAUCCGAAUGCCUCCGGCGUUGCCAUUCCCUCCGCUGACUGCACAACCUCCGUUGCCGGGAUUUACCUAGCGAAGCGACGGACCGCCAACCACCCGUGUCCAGUGUGCGGAAAACACUACGUCAACGAGGGUAGUCUCAGGAAACACCUGGCCUGCCAUCCUGAGACCAGUCAACUUAGCACGAGCCUCAGGAUGUGGCCGUGCUCGGUGUGCCAAGCCGUCUUCACUCAUGAGAGCGGUUUGUUGAGUCACAUGGAGCACAUGAGGAUGGACCCGAAACACCAGUUUGCGGCGCAGUACGUUUUAAGUCGCGCUGCCGCCGAGAGGCGAGAGAGGGGAAUCCUCGCGUCGUCGAGUCUAGGAACGGGUCUGGGCGUGUUGGGAAGCCAAUCCGGCGGACCUCAGAAUUUGCAACAACCACCGAUGUGCCCUUCGCCGUCGGCUCAUUCGGACAGCAGCAGCGGGAACGGAAGAUUGUCGUCGGCUGGUAGUGAACCUGACUUCUGCGCAGGUACCGGUCUGCUGAACAACAACAACAAUAACAAUAACAACAAUAUGGCAUCGCCGGGACCGAGCGGCAACAAGCUGAUCGUCAGCGAGAUGCUGCGAGCGGGUAGUCAACCGGGCUCGGCGCAACAGUACCACGACGAUAUGCAGACGCAGCAGCAACGUAUGGUAGUGAUGGCCGCCGCCGUACAAGCGGGUCUGCAAAGCUCAGUGUCGCAGAACCUGUCGCCAGCAGACAUGGCGUCUCUGGCGGCGGCGAUGAGGAUGGGGAACAAUGGUGACAUGAGCGGCGGUGCACAAGGAUCGACGGGGCCGCAGCAGCAGGGCGUUCAAGCAACCGGACCAGAACAGACUCUCAGAAUGCACCAAGCGGAAGCGUUGCUGCGUUCUCAAGCCGAGGCCGCGAUAAGACUGGCUGUAUCGCAAGCGGCAGCGGCGGCGGCUAGUUCAGCGGUCAGUGGAGAAGUGAGACAUCACCUAGGACAGCAUAACGGAGGCAGUACCUCUGGCAUGCCUGGACAUCACACGAACCAACAAAUGUCUCAGCAAGAUACAUUACCGCCAGACCUUGCGCGCGCUACCACCCUCGACUAA